CACCGUCGGCGCUCUCAAGCUCCCCCGUGGUCACUUGGCAACUCGCCCCUCCUCUCUCUCGCCGCCGCUGACCCUUCCGGCGACCCGUAGCAUGCCGCCCUCUGACCUUCGGCGGCGCCAGGGUGAAAGGGCGGACGGCCAUUUUGUGGCGGUUGGUCGCCCCUGAGGCCGGGGGCCCGGUCCAGCCAGGCCAGGCCGGGUCGGGUCGGGCGAAAUCCCCGCCGCCAUGUCGUCGUUCUCGGAGUCGGCGCUGGAGCGGAAGCUGUCGGAGCUGAGCAACUCGCAGCAGAGCGUGCAGACGCUGAGCCUGUGGCUCAUCCACCACCGCAAGCACGCCGGGCCCAUCGUCGUCGUCUGGCACCGAGAGCUCCGCAAGGCCAAAUCAAGUAGGAAGCUCACUUUCCUAUACUUGGCGAACGAUGUCAUUCAGAACAGUAAAAAGAAAGGACCCGAGUUUACGAAGGAAUUCGAAUCGGUGCUCGUGGAUGCUUUUUCACACGUGGCCAGGGAGGCAGACGAGGGGUGCAAGAAGCCCUUGGAGCGGCUGCUGAACAUCUGGCAGGAGAGGAGCGUCUAUGGCGGGGAGUUCAUACAGCAGCUGAAACUGUCCAUGGAGGACUCCAAUAGCCCCCAACCCAAAGGUAGGUCAAGCGUCCAUCAGGGCGGCCUGAUCCACCCAACGACGGGACGGAGCAUAACUGCUUCCGCCUUUCAGCCCCAAUCCAGGAGGCUUCACAG